AUGGUGGGGGGGGCCAUUCCCAGCCCCGAGAUGCUUCUGUCUGCCCCCUGCAUUAAAAGACUCUCCUGUGGCUUCUCUCCAGGCAGCGGCCAGACCGAGUCCCGGGCCGUGGUGGGGCGCGUCGGGGAGAGCACGGUGCUGGGCUGCGACCUCCUGGACGCUCACGAAGCUCGUACCCCCCUCUACGUGAUCGAGUGGGUCCGCUUCGGCUUCGUCCUCCCCAUCUUCAUCAAGUUCGGGCUCUACUCGCCACGAGUGGACCCGGAGUACGUCGGUCGCGUGCGGAUUGAGGAAGGCGCUUCGCUGCGGAUUGACCUCCUGCGCGCCGAGGACCAGGGCUGGUACGAGUGCCGUGUGCUCUUCCUCGACCGGCACAGCACCGAUGCUGACUUCCAGAACGGCACCUGGAUCCAUCUCACCGUCAACGCACCCCCCACCUUCCUGGAGACCCCCCCUGCAUUCAUAGAGGUGAGAGAUCGGGAGACACUGAGCCUUACCUGCACGGCUGUUGGCAACCCCCAGCCUGUUGUCAUCUGGAAGAGGAGUGACCUGGCUGUCCAGAGUGGGGACACAGUGCAGGUGGGGAAUGGGACACUGAGCAUUGCCGUCGUGGAGCGCGCCAGUGCGGGCACCUACACUUGCCAUGCUUCCAGCAAGGAGGGCACUAUCGCCCACACCACCCGUGUGCUCGUGCAGGGGCCACCUGUCAUUGUGGUGCCACCCCAGAAUGUCACAGUCAACAUCUCCCAAGAUGCCUUUCUGGCAUGCCAGGCUGAGGCAUACCCGGGAAACCUCACCUACACCUGGCUCCAGGGCAGCAGCAACGUCUUCCACCUCAGCCACCUCCGGGCUCGGGUCCGUGUCCUGGUGGAUGGGAGUCUCUUGCUCCAGCGAACAACCCCAGAUGACACUGGCAAAUACACCUGUAUCCCCAGCAACGGGCUGUGGAAGCCACCUUCUGCCUCAGCCUUUGUCACAGUGCUGUAUCCAGCACAGGUGACCACCAUGCUCCCAGAAACCCACCUGCCCAAGGGGAUGCAGGGUGUGAUCCGCUGCCCCACCAGGGCCAAUCCUCCUCUGCUUUCCGUCAGCUGGACACGGGAUGGGCGCCCACUGGAGCUGGACAAGCUCCCUGGCUGGUCUGUGAGACUGGACGGCUCCAUUGUUGUUGCGACGGGGAAUGACGAUGCACUGGGAGUGUACACCUGCACCCCGUACAACAGCUACGGCACCACUGGCGACUCUGCACCAUACCUGCCUGUCUUUCAGGACCCCCCCAGUUUCACUGUGCGCCCCAAGGAGGAAUACUUCCAAGAGGUGGGCCGGGAGCUAGUGGUCCCCUGUGCUGCCCACGGGGAUCCUCCCCCAACUGUCACCUGGCUGAAGGUGGGCAGCGUGGGGAAGACCGGCGCCCAGGUGGAUGCAAACAGCAGCCUUGUCUUCCGCCCGCUUGUCAAGGAGCAGCAUGGGGUCUGGGAGUGCACGGCCACCAACCAGGUGGCCAGUGUCAGCACUACCACCUCUGUCCAUGUCCUGGGUACCAGUCCUCAUGCUGUCACCAAUGUCUCUGUGCUCCCACUCCUGCUGGCAGCUAACAUCUCCUGGGAGCCAGGGUUUGAUGGGGGUUACUUCCAGAGGUUCAGCGUCUGGUACACACCACUGGUGAAGCAUCUGCCCCGGGCCCAUCAUGACUGGGUGUCACUCUCUGUGCCAGUGGGGGCUCAGCACCUCUUAGUGGAGAAUCUGCAGCCAGACAUGAGCUACCAGUUCAGUGUCCUGGCCCAGAACAAGUUGGGCAGUGGCCCCUUCAGCCAGAUCGUGACCUCUGUGCCCAGAGGCUUCCCAGUGACCACAGUGCCUCCAGAGCCACCAGCCAUGACCAUGCACGUCUUCCUGUCCCCGCCACAGGCUCUGACUGCCAACGAGACGGUGCGUGGGGUCCUGCUGCAGUGGGAGCCCCCAGCACAGCUCUCAGUGGCACUGAGCGGCUACGCACUGGAGCUGCGGCAGGACAAGGGCGGCUGGGAGGUGCUGGACCGCUCCAUCCCCAGCACCAAGACCCAGGUCCUGGUGCCAGGACUCAUCAAGGACGCCUUCUAUGAGUUCCGACUGGUGGCCUUUGCUGGCAGCUACAUCAGCGAUCCCAGCAACACGGUUAAUGUCUCCACAGCAGGCAUGGAGGUGUAUCCAUCUCGCACGCAGCUGCCAGAGCUCCUGCCACAGCCAGUGCUGGCUGGGGUCAUCGGGGGAAUCUGCUUCCUCAGUGUGGCCAUCAUCUUCAGCACCAUGGCUGCCUGCAUCAUGAACCGCCGGCGCGCUGCGCGUGUCCAGAAGCGGAGGCAAGAUCCACCACUCGUCUUCUCCCCCAGCAAGAAGCUUCCACCUCCACACACUUCUCGUGGCUCUAGUAGCCCAGACAGCACCAUGAAGCUGAAGCUGCAGCCAUCUCCCUACCAGAGCCUGCGCCGGACACUGCUGUGGGGCGAGAAGGCUGGCACCAGCCUGGGUCUCAGCAUUGCCGGGGCCGGUUCCCGGUACACCAUGUACGAGAGCCAUGUUGGGGAACACGUGCCCCUGGAGCGGAUCUGCCGUGGCCCAGAUGGGCGCUUCGUGGUGGAGACCAACGUGCAGCCCCAGGAGCAUGGCUUUGAGGCGCUGCCAUAUGCUGAGCUGGAGUCAGUCCCCCCGCAGGACACCCUGGGGCUGCAAUCUGAGCCCUACCUCCAGCUGCCCCCAGAGGAGGAGGAGCCCUUCUGGCGCAAGAGAGUCUCUCUGCGCCCCCAGCCCACAGGACAGGUCCGCCGGGGGGCCCGGGCUGGCUCCCGCCAGGGCCGCUACUUUGGCUAUGGCAGCAGCAGCCCCAAACUGCCCAGGGGCAGUUUGACCAGCCAGAGCAGCGGCCGGGGCAGUGCCUCACUCUUGCGUCCCCCCUCGCUGGCACCAUCUCUGGGGGGCACCUUCCUGGGCACCCCCUUUGGGGAUGGGAGCAGCUGGCACAGCGGAGGCUCAGUAGCAGAGGAUGGCAGGGCGAGAACGGAUCCAGCCCUUGGUGGUGGUGAAAAGAGGAGGAACACCUCAGUGGACGAGAACUACGAGUGGGAUGCAGAGUUCGCCCUGGAGUCGGACAUCCUCGAGGCGCUGCAGCUCUACCGCAGUGGGGCCCCGGCACGGCCCAUCUCCACCAUCGCCCUGCGUGACCUGGAGCGGCAGACUGAGUUCUGA